AUGACGCGUUGGCAGCCCCUUUCGAGAAUAUCGAAUGUAUGAUGACUUAAUGGGACUUUUUAUUGGCUAUGGGCAGGGCUAUAUAUGAGGAGCAAAUGUUUACUGUGUUGUUCAUUUCAAGCAAGCUGGUUACGAAGGUGAAAACGGGAUGGAUGGGUUGUUAAUUUCUUUCGUUUUUGCCAUAGUCACCCAAACAUGUUUAUCUCAGUCGGUUGUGGAGCUUUAUGAAACAAAAUUGAACAAAUAUGAACAAAAAGCAGAAAAAUACGUCGAGAAAGUAGAAGAACAGUUGGAUGAGCAGAAAUUUCUAUAUGAGGAGUUGGUAUAUGUGUCAACUUCGAAUGACGAAGUUAAAGUCCUACUCGGCGAAACAGCAGUUGUCCCUUGUCAUUUCAAAAUCUGUCCAACGACUGGAAAACAAGUGACAGUUACUUGGAAAGUCGGUAUGAAUCCAUCGACUGCCACAAGGAUUGCAAAAUGUGCAAAUUACGAUCUAAAUACCAGAUCAUGCGGCUCAUUUGAAACAUUUUCAGAAGACUUUGAUGAUCGUAUUACCAUGAAAUCUGGGAAAGCUGACCUAAUAAUCAAAUCUAUUCGAAUGACAGACAACCGUAAUUUCUGGUGUCAAGUACAGACGAACGAUAAUAACGAACUCGGGACCGACAUGACAUCCGUAUCGAUUCGAGUUCUCCAGUCCGACACAGAGAGGCCAAAAUUUAAUCGGGUAAUUCUGGAAAAACAAUUAGUAGAAUCUCAGCCCGGCGACAAAAUAGUUUUAAAAUGCAGGUGUGACGGUCAUCACUGUGACGAUAUCGCAUGGUACAAAGGACCCACCAAUGAAUGGGGUAAUGCUUAUGAACAAAUUUACAAUAAAAAAUCAAGAUAUCGCAUGAAUCCCGAUAUUACAAUAGCUUCUGCCUGGAGGAAUAGAGUUUCGUUCUCAGGAUUUGAUAUGGCUAUCCACAGUGUCCAAGAAAACGAUGCGGGAAGAUACUGGUGCGAAGUUAGUGGCGCAGGAUAUUAUGGGUUGGGUGAAACCGGAACUGAUGCAAAAUCUCUUGUUCUCACUGUGAAUGAAAAAGAGAAGUACUCAUGCGAUUAAAUAGAAAUAAAUGUACAGAUCGGAAAGAAUUGGUAUCGGGGAGAAUUUCGUAUCAUAUCAACUAUAUACAUUUGAAUUGAUCUUGAGUCUAUUUGUAUGAUUUAUUUUAAGUAAAUUGUUAUUUUAAAAGCUAGCUGACUUUUUUGGACUGAAAAUUAAAUUGGACAAAAUUUAGUA